AUGGCACCUCUAAGCAGUCGGUCAGGACAUAGUCGACGACGAUGGGCGAAUGAUGCCGCCCGACUACCCCCACCAAACCCGCUUAAUGCCCGUCAGGACAGAGGAAGCGAGGACGCAGAUAAUGGCGGCCGCCGUUUCCGGUUUGGCAAGAAUAAUGGCAACAAUGACGGGAAUGAUGACGGUGAUGGAGAAGGAAGAAGCGGCGGUAUUGUCGGCGGUGGCGGGAGAGGGAGGGGAAGGUUUGGAGACAAUGGCCGAGGCAACGACGACGGGGACGGAAAUGAGAAUGGCGCUGACGAUGCCAAUGGCGACUCUGAUGGGGGCGGCAACCGCAACAGUGAUAGCAAAGGAGGCAGCGAGAAGGAUGGCAACGGUGACGACAGCGAUACCCGCAGGGAGGACGGGGGAUCCGGCAGAGGAAAUAGAAGGAUAGGAGAUGGGUUUGGCUUCGGUUUUGGGUUUGGGAGGGGCAAAAACGACGGUGAUGGAUCAGGCAACACCAACGCCGCACCAGACAACUCAGUCAACUCCACGGAAACGUCUCCUCCACCGCCACCAACAUCCGCACCUUCGACUUCGACUUCACCGCAAACCACAGCAUCAACAGAAACCACGCCACCUUCAACAACGGUGCCUGCCCAGACAACCGCCGAGAUAACCAGUACCUCCUCCAACCCCGGUGUCAUCUUGCUCCAACCCGCGGUAACGGCUUCGGCCACAUCCGAGGUGAAUGAGAAUCCGACCGUUACCGCCUUCAUUCCUUUGAUAACACCGAGCGCUGUAGCGGACUCAACAAACCUGUCGGGUGCCGGGGAGGAAGAAGUCGAGUCCCCCAAUGCGUCCUCAAGCGUUGAGCCAUCCGUUUCAGGGGGGGCUACUACGACUAAAAGACCAUUCUUCACUCCAGGCGGCGGAAGAGGCUUCAAUAACCGUAACGGCACCAGCAACCGCGUUGGGCCACCACAGGUCGGCAUGGACCGGACGGCUGAGCGUGUAUUGAUCUCGGUUGGCUCAAUAGGGGGUUUCAUUUUGGUGUGCUUUAUCGUCUGGAUGGUCUGGCGAACAAUGAGGAAGUCGAGGAAGGACGGGGACAUCCACGGCUCUGGUACAUUUCCGAGAGAUGUUCCCUCUAAAAUUCCAUUCUUCAGACGGAGGGCCUGGCAGAGCUUGGGCGAGUCUACGACCACCCAAUCUCGGCCACCAAGCUACCCCGAGAAAGCCAGCAUCUCUGUCAUUCCGCCAGGGGAAGGUGUCUUUGGCUCGGAGAAAGUUCAGCAGCCGGAACCAGCGGCCCAACCAUGGCCUCUAAAUACCCCUAACGUCCAGUUGCCGCUUAAUAACGCAUACCAGCUGCCAGCUCUCGACCCCGAAAGCAUGUACAGCACCGGGAAUCCCCUCAAGAUCAAUACAGCCCUGACUGACAGCCCCGUGUACUCCCACCAAGCCCAAGGCUCCUUCAGCUCCACGAACGCAGCACACUUCGGGACGCUAUGGACGGGCCAUAGCAACAACCCAGAUGACAUUCUUCAAAACAGUGUCUCGCCCGUCUCGUAUUACAACAGUCAGAGCAUUCCAACCCAGCAAUUCACCGCGCCAUAUCCGAUCUACCGUCAACCCAGUCGAACCCUAACUGACGUAUCCUCCCUCUCGUCAGGCUUCGGAGACGGUGACUUCAUCAUGGCCACCAUAGACUCCGACAAUAAGAACAACGACAAUAAUAACAUCAUCAUCACCCCUCCGCAACCAACCGCCGCGGCUCCUCAUCCCUACACUGCCCGCUUUUCAUGGAUGUCGCAGCCGCAGUCCCAGCAGCAGCAGCAUAAUCUCGAACAAGAACCACGACCAGAACCAGGCCAGAGAAGAAGAAGAAGAAGAAGUAGCAACCGAACUCUCCAACUCCAAAGAAGCUCCACAGUCUACACGCAAGCGAGCGAGGACCAGCCCGCGCGCUUCCGGAGCGUCGCCUCCUGGGUGAACCAGCAGACGGGGCGGAUCCAGCGCGCUCAGCAGCGCCAUCGACCGCCGUCAUCGCCAUUAUCGCCAUCACAAGGUGACAAUGCUACUAGCAGUAGUACAGAUAAAGCAGUGGUGUUGUUGCAGGGGCAGGGGCAGGGGCAGGGGCAGGGGCAGGUGCCAGGCAACCCGGGGAUUCCGGGGAUCCCUAAUCUGCCGCCGGAGGAGCCGAGUUUUGGGAUGAUGAUGGAUGAUGAGGAGAGGCCUAGGAAGGUGGAGAGUGUUGUUGGGAAGAUUGUCUUAAGGUAGGGUGUGGGUGAGUGGGUGUGUGUUUUGCGGAGUAGGAGUCGGAAGGAUACC